AUGGGAAAGAUCAUUUUUUACGAGGACAGGGAUUUCAAAGGCCGUAGUUAUGAGUGUAGCAGUGACUGCACAGAUCUGCACUCCUAUUUCAACCACUGCAACUCCAUCAGAGUGGAAAAUGGUUGCUUCAUGAUCUAUGAAAGGCCAAAUUACAUAGGUCAACAGUAUUUCAUGAAAAAAGGUGUCUAUCCUGACUACCAGAGUUGGAUGGGUACCAGCAGCAGUAUCAGAUCCUGUCGCAUAAUUCCACAGUACAGGGGCUUAUACAGACUAAGACUCUAUGAAAAACCUGACUUCAUUGGUCACAUGAUGGAGUUCAUGGAUGAUUGUUCCUGUGUGUCGGAUCGCUUCCAUCACCGGCAUGUUUACUCCUGUAAAGUGAUGAAUGGCUACUGGAUCUUCUAUGAGUAUCCCAAUUACAGAGGCAGACAGUACUUCCUGAAACCAGGAGAUUACAGACGAUAUCGUGAUUGGUGCGCUACUUGUUCCAUCGUAGGUUCUUUCAGACGCAUCACUGAUUUUUAAGUAUUUUUCUAUUUAAUAAAAAAUAUUCUUUCCAUUAUAUAAAUCCAUGUUAUAUGAUUUGUUUGCUUUUCAACAAAUAGUUAGAAUAUUGAAUGGCAAGCAUGAUGAGUAUCUAAAG